AUGGCCGCCUUUCCCCCACUUCCCAUGACUCGUACAAGGCUUGCGAUCUUAGCCAGGCAGAAGCUACCAUGCUCUUCAAAAGCAAUCUCAAGGGCCCAGCUGAUCAAAGAGAAAGAUGACAUAGAUUAUUACCUGGAGCAGAAUUUCAAAGGACUGUCGAAAGAAGAGGUGGCUGCCCACAGGAACUCAUACAAGAAGAGCAUCUGCGUGGACAUGCUGCGAGACGGCUUCCACAAGUCCUUCACCGAGCUCUUCACACUGAUGCAACAGUGGGACAAGCUGCGGGAAGCUGCGCAGGCGCGGUCCCUCUUCUGGCAGCAAAAGCCUCUGGAGGACCAGCCGGACAAGCUGGACAGUUUCUACCACUACCUGACCAGGGCCGAGGCUGCGGAAAGGAAAGCGUACUAUGAAGAGGUGUAUAACAACCUGUACGCUCUGGCCUGUUAUUUCGAUAAUUCUGAAGACAAGUGGGUGAGGAAUCACUUCUACGAACGCUGUUUUAAUAUUGCUCAGCUGAUCAAAGUUGAUGGUGGGAAGAAAGAAGCAGAGGCGGAGGCACACAUGGGCCUUCUUUUCGAGGAAGAGGGUGAGCUUCUGAAAGCGGCCGAGCAUUAUGAAGCAUUCCACGAGUUGACCCAGGGCCGGCUGUGGAAGGACGAGACCGGCCAGUUUCUCAACUUGGUGGCCUGUGAAAGUCUUGUGAGGACAUACAGACUGCUGUCAGACGGAAUGCUGGAAAACAAAGACUACAAACAGGCCAUCAAAAUCCUAAUAAAAGCUUCUGAAAUAGCCCGAGAAGGCAAUGACAGAAGCAUGGAAGGAGAGGCUUCUUACUACCUGGGCUUGGCCCACUUGGCUUCUGGAGAAUAUGAAACUGCACUAACAGUGCUUGAUAGGUACAGUGAGAUCUCCACAAGUCUGAAUGAUGAUCUUAGCCUGGGGAGAGCCUACGAGGCGAUCGCCAAGGUCCUGCAGAGCCAAGGAGAGACGACAGAAGCAAUUAAAUACCUGGAGAAGUUCGUGAUAAUUGCAAGAAACAACUUCCAAAGCCUCGAUGUGAUUCAAGCAUGCACGAUGCUCGGCGACAUCUACAAUGAAAAGGGGCAAUACAGCAAGGCUUCUGAGUACUUCCAACAAGCUUUCAACACUGCGAUGGAGCUCCUGAAAAUGGAGCUCAUGGAUGAAACCAAAGUCCACUUUGGGAUAGCUAGAGCCCACCAGAUGAUGCUGACGAUGAAGGGUUACAUCGAAUCUGCCAACACGGACAGCCUCAACUGCCUGCUGUCCUGGAAGGAGACUAGAACUCAAAUCGAGUACGAUCCAAUUCUGGGAGAGUCUAGAAGAGCCACGGAAGAUAACAUAUAUCAAUUCCCAGAUGCUCAGGAGGAAACAAGAAGAUCUCCAGAUAAUCAAUAA